AUGACGCUCGUCCCUGAAAGCGAUAUCGACCUAGGGCUUUUCAAAGCGUUCACCGGGCUUAAGAAGAGGAAACCAUCACUCAAGACCUUUAUCUCAGUUGGAGGAUGGGAUGCAGGCGGUAGAAUCUUUACUACCAUGGCACACCGUGCUUCUUACCGAAAGGCAUUUAUUAAAUCGGCUGUUAAACUGAUGGACAAGUAUGGAUUUGAUGGUAUUGAUAUAGAUUGGGAGUAUCCAGUUGCAUGGGAGCGCGGGUAUUUGAAGGGAUUUGACAUUCAACGACUGGAAAGAUAUGUCGAUUGGUUCAACUUCAUGAGCUACGACAUCCACGAAAUCGAAGCUGGCUUGGACCUACUAUGGCGGAACGGCGUCGACCCGGGUGUCGUAUCGUUGGGGCUUGGGUUUUAUGGAAGAUCUUUCACCCUGAAAGACCCUGGUUGUAACCAGCCAGGAUGUGCGUUUAUCAGGAGAGGCAGGGCCAGCGGUGGAGCCAAAGCCGGAGAGUGCACUGGACAAAGCGGAGUGUUGUCGAACUAUGAAAUCAACAGGAUCCUGAAAUCCAAAUCACUGACCCCGGCAAGUGACCAAGAAGCGGCUGUGAAGUGGAUUUCAUGGGACAGCGACCAAUGGGUUUCGUAUGACGACGCAGAAACAUUGCGGCGAAAAGGCGAAUUUGCAAACGCACGUUGCUUGGGAGGCACCUUUGCAUGGGCCUUGGACCUCGGAGGGCCUGGGACUCUGGGCCGGCCUGAGACGCUCAACGGCAGCGACCUCGAAGGAGCAAACCCUGACGGAAGCGACAGUGGCUCUGGCGAUGUCUUUAUUUCGCCGAACAUAUUCACGGAGUCUGAGCCAAACAUAGCUUGUGUUGCGCCAUGCACUUUUAUCUUACCGCCGAUCCCAUUAGGCUCUUCGACCACGAUCAGUUUCCCUCCAUAUAGUACAUCUCUAGAGGUAGCUUGGCCGACCACCAUCACGAUCACGCUGCCAGGGGGAGCAGUCUCGACCUCAACAGGUCUUGGGAGGACGAUUCUGAACACGACCCUUACAAUACCACCAGUCACCACCACCGUGAUCGAGGUAUGGAACUGGAUCCUCACAGACAUAGAGGUUACUUCCACGUCGCAUAAGAUUACCUCGAGCAUUCUCCCUCCACCAUUCGUCAUAACAGACAAUCAGACUGUGAUCACGGUUACCCGACCCGUUGAAUCGACGUCGGGCACCACGAGUACAACGGAUGUGGUGCCGCCCGUGACAGUUAUCACCCGCCCGGUGACCACCAGGACCAUCACUCCGCCGCCUUUUCCGUGGUGGAGCGUCAACCCAGUAGAGUCUCCACUUCCCACCCUCACGUACACCCAGGGGCCACCUAGUCCUCUGUGCGAGGGGGACGACUGCGGGAAGAAGUGUAAAAAGUUCUGCAAGGAACCUUGCCGCUAUGACUGCAAAGACGGAGAUGAUUUUCUGGAUCAAAACGACAGAGACCGGGAUAGGGACGUUGAGCGGCGUCGUUGUGAGGGCCCUGACUGCUCAAAUGGAGAAUGUGCUGGGAUAUUCUGCGUUACUUUCGGGUGCAUAGGCUUUGACUGUGUUGAUGGCAUCUGUCUUGGUCCGCUCUGUAAGAUAACGACCUGCACAGGCUCGGACUGCCGAAAAGGACGAUGUAUCGGCCCGAAAUGUAGGACGGGAUCUGGAUGUGCUGGAGACGACUGUUCGUCCAAUGGAAGAUGUAUUGGCCCCAAAUGCAUCUCCUUUGGAUGCAUCGGCGCCGAUUGCAAGCCUUGCUCCGGGUCGAGUUGUUCUGGGGGAUGGGAAUGCACGGGGCCGCGAUGCAAAAUCGUCACUUGCAAGGGAAGCAGCUGUCGGAACGGGCUGUGCUCAGGGUCCGGUUGCGAGCCAGGGAACGACGGAUGCGACGAGGCGCAAACGGCUCGUCGCUGCACGGAAAUGGUGAGCAAGGUCAGGCCGCCGAAAGAAACGACAUAUUCGACGACGACCAGCACCAUCUGCUCCACGAUCACGGCUUGCGAUGCGCAGCCCACGACGGUGACGACCACAUACUCGCGUGACGGGAUCAAGACGCAACGACGAGAGGUCAUCACAUACAAAAAAUAUAAAGAAAACCCCGCCCAAGCAGCAUGCAUGAAAAAGGCGCUACAGAUUCGUCGAGACAAUCUAAGCAAACUCAUGUUCGAGCCGCAGAACACACCGACGACGACGCGAAAGCGACCCGAGCCCACUGGUCCCGUCGAGCAGAAAUAUUCGUGCAAGGGAUCCAUCAGGUGCAAAUCAGCCAUCAAACUUGGGUCGGACUGCCAGAUGGCAAAAGCAGCCUUGGUCGAAAACACACUCUAUGGGAACACGCCGAGAUGUGUUUCCGGAGGGACAUGCUAUGCUGCCCCUGAACGGUCUUUCAUGGGCUGUGGAGUUAUGGUUCAGGGCCCCGAGGGAAAAUGCGAGCUGACGGGCAACCAAAUAGCUGCGUGA